GGUAUCGCGGGGCUUCCCUCUCUCGUCACUGUUGUCACUGUCACUCACUGCGCGCCGCACGCGUCGCCAGUCGCCCGACGGACGGAGCAACGAUCAGAGGAACACCAACAACGCGCGUCGACAUGGCCGAGUACGGGUACACGGAGCUGGACGUCCAGUACUCGCCGAGGUUCUGGGUGCCCCGCAUGCACGAGAAGGUGGUCGUGGAGAACCACAUCGAGGUCACCAACGCUGAGAGCGACCGCGUGCGUGCCUCCGUCCCGUACCGGACGCUUCGCUACGGAGACGGCCCCAGGGAGGCGAUGUUCGAGUUUGGUGGGGAUAGUCUGCCCAAUGAAGCCCCGAUCUAUGUGUAUAUCCACGGAGGAUAUUGGCAACACCUUAACAAGGAAAUGUCCUGCUAUCCAGUGCAGCCGUUGUUCGAUGCCGGCAUAAGAGUGAUGAUAGUAGGAUAUGAUCUUGCUCCUGAAGCAAACAUGACUCAGAUUGUGGAAGAAGUAAAACGAGCUGGCAAGGUCAUCAUGUCUAGGGCUGAGGAUCUUGGGUCAAGCGGUGUGUGGUUCAGUGGAUUUUCUGCUGGGGGACAUUUGACUGGAGUCCUCCUUACAUCAGGCUGGAUGGACUCCUUGCCACUGAAACAAAUUCAGCUGAUUCGAGGAUUUCUACCAAUAAGUGGAAUAUUUGAUCUGAAGCCAAUAGUCCACACCUAUAUUAACGGUCCGCUUCAAAUGAAUGAGGAGGAAGCAGAAAGACACAGCCCAAUAAGUAUGAUGGCAAGUCAAAAUUACAACAUAAAAAUUAUUGUAAUAUUCGGACAACAUGAUUCUCCUGCUUUUCAAGCACAGUCAAGAGAUUUUAUAAAGUGGUGUUAUCAUUUUCAGAAACUACGCAGCUACAAAUUAGAUGCUAGUGUGUAUGAAGUACCAACAAUGGACCAUUUUAAUUUGGUUGAAAAUUUAUGCCAGUCAGACUAUGUUUUAACAAAAAGAUUGGUCCAGACUAUAAGACAGGAAAAAGAGUAAUUUACAUCAAACUCAGUCUUAAAUAACACUUUUCAACGGCAAGAUGAAGAUCAAACAAGCAAGCUGAAUAAAUUUUAAGUUCCUUACAUGA